AUGCAGGUGAUAGAGGAGCUCACAUCACUGGGGAAGAUUGCAGGACCAAUACUCAUUAUAAGUUUACUUUUGCAUUCAAAGUCCAUCAUCUCUAUGCUCUUCUUGGGAUAUCUAGGGGAUAUUGAGUUAGCUGGAGGAUCACUUGCCUUGGGGUUUGCUAACAUAACAGGGUACUCUAUCUUUAAAGGAUUAGCUAAAGGGAUGGAACCCAUUUGCUCACAAGCUUAUGGUGCCAGGAGAUGGUCUGUUAUUACGCAAACGUAUCAAAAAACUGUCGUUCUACUUGUAAUCGCAACCAUACCCAUCUUAUUGCUGUGGCUGAACAUGGAGAAAAUCCUGCUUUGGUUAUCUCAAGAUGCAAAUAUCACUUCAGUGGCAAGUGUCUACAUCACUUAUUCGCUUCCUGACUUGUUUGCGCAAGCCCACCUUCACCCAGUAAGGAUCUUCUUGAGGGCACAAAACUUGACCGCACCUCUAACAGUAACCGCCCUGGUUGCACUGGUCCUUCAUCUCCCUAUUAACUACUUCCUCGUAAUAUAUUUGAAGCUAGGAGUAGCAGGAGUUGCACUUGCCGCUGCUUGGAACACUGUUAACUUAAAUAUAGGGUUGUUAUGUUAUUUGGCUCUAUCAAAAACAGCACUAAAGCCUUGGAAAACUCCUAUGUCGUUCCUGUCUUUCCGAGGCUGGCAACCAUUGCUGGCUCUAGCAGUGCCCAGUGCGUUAUCAGUUUGUUUGGAGUGGUGGUGGUACGAGGUGAUGGUGCUUUUUUGUGGUCUUUUAAGUAAUCCAGAGGCAAAUUUGGCUGCAAUGGGCAUUCUUAUACAAACAACUGGUUUGAUUUAUGUGUUCCCUUCAUCGCUGAAUUUGGGAUUGUCAAUGCGUGUAGGACAUCAACUGGGAGCCGACCAGCCAACUAGAGCCCAAUUGACAGCCGUAAUUGGGUUAGCCAUCGCUGUAAUAUGUGGUUUUACAGCCUUAUUACUCAGUUUCUGUGUUAAAAAUUUGUUGGGAACGAUAUUUACAAGUGAUACACAGACACUUGCAUUGGUUUCCAUUGCCCUACCGAUAUUAGGCUUUUGUGAGCUUGGUAACUGUCCGCAAACAGCUGCAUGUGGAGUACUAACAGGUUCUGCACGACCAAAGGUGGGGGCGAAUAUAAAUUUUAUCUCAUUUUACCUUAUUGGCCUGCCAGUUGCAAUCACUUUAGGCUUUGGGUUCAAUAUUGGUUUCAAGGGACUAUGGCUGGGACUUGUUGCAGCACAAUUCUCAUGCUUGUGCAUGAUGGUGUUUGCAUUGGUUGGCACUGACUGGAAGCAUCAAGUGAAAAGAGCCCAGGAUUUGACUCAGGAGGCCGACAUUGAAACCAAGGUCGAUUUGGAAGAGAGCCUUCUUUGCUAACAUCGCCACACAUCUUGAUUGUCCAAGCAUUCAAUCUACUGAAACUGUAA